AUGUCACGAUGGCCUGCUCCGGCUGCUCCAAUGCUGUCAACCGCUGCUCCAGGCCAUCUCGAAGACGGGAAAAAAGGUCAACAGCGGCACAAUUGUGAGCGCAUAGGGGAGCUGAUUGGAUGCCCGCCAGUGUCCUUCUGCACACCACGAAUGGGUCGCGCUGCCCGUUGUGGCUAUGGCGCCUUUGACUCGAGUCACCGGACGGCGGUCACAUGA